UGAGAGAGAAGUUAACAAGACGAUAGCAUGUAAGACUUUGAAUAAUGAUCUUCAGGAUGCUUUGCUGGAGAGAGAACCGCUCAGUCAUGAGAUGCUCGGUCACAUCUUGAAGGCCUCACAAUACUAGAAGGUCUAUAAAGUCGGAGUAUGAUCAGCUCAGAAGGACAUUAGGUUGUGUGAGUCAAGAGAGAGACUUGGCCAGACAGGAGAAGGCUCAGCUCCAAGACAAACUGGAGAACCUUGAGCAGCUCCUUAAGCUUAUGCGAGAGGCUGCGGACAGGCGGCAGCAACUGGAGGCGGAGCAUGAGCAGGCCCUGGCUUUCCUUAACUCCAAACAGCAGGAGAUCAACCUUCUGCAGGAGGUUCGGGUUGAAGCUGAGAAAGAGCGAGAUGAAGUGGUGCAUUUGCUAGAGGUCAAUGUUCAAGACUUAGAGCAGAAAUGUCGGGCACAGAGUGAGCAGUGUAAUAUUUUGUCGAAAAAGCUGGAGAAAUUUCACCUGGGCGCAGACACGGAGGAGAAACUCAACACUGAGUCAGAAGAGAACAGUUUCAGUAGCAUUCACGGUAAUCUACAGCGCCAGGCAGAAAAAAGUGAUGAGAGAUCUGACGGAUCUUCACCAGUCUCAGAAUUGCCCGUAGCACAGCAACAUAACAGAGACAAGCCAGAGAAGCUGUCUGCCAAAACCAUCGAGUCUAUGAGUCACAAAGUCCACACCCAGAAUCGCUCCAGCAGCUCCAUGCAAGCCCCCCUCCCCAAGAUGGAUGAUGAAGUGACCCCAGCUCCCAAGUCCAAGACAAGAUACACAGGACAGGUCCGUCUGUGCACUGCCCGCUACAGUUAUAAUCCUUAUGACGGACCUAAUGAGCAUCCAGAGGCAGAGCUCCCCCUGGUGGCAGGGAAGUAUUUGUACGUUUAUGGGACUAUGGACGAUGAUGGUUUUUAUGAAGGAGAGCUGCUGGAUGGCCAACGUGGCCUGGUUCCCUCAAAUUUUGUGGAGUUUGUCCAAGAUAAGGAGAAGCUGUCUAUAGAGGGAUCCGAGGAGCAGGAUAGGCUGGAGAAGAGCUGUCUGAGCCUGGCCGUCAUCGACGGAGGAGCUCCUCUGGACAACCUAAGCAGUGACUUCCUCAGCCACUGCAGUAAUGGUACAGGCGCUUUGGAAGGAGAUGAACUGGGAGACGACAUUGUGCCUUACCCCAGGAAGAUCAACCUGAUCAAACAGCUGGCAAGAAGUGUAAUAGUGGCCUGGGAACCUCCUCUGGUGCCCUUCGCCUGGGGGAAUAUCAACGGCUACAAUAUCGUAGUGGACGGGGAAGUUCGUUCCUCUGUGCCCUUUGGGGGCAGGACCAAACUGCUUCUGGAAAAACUAGACCUGGGGGCCUGCACCUAUCGCGUGUCGGUGCAGUGCGUAACGGAGAGGGGGCUUUCCGAUGAGCUGCGUUGCACCCUGCUGGUGGGUCGCAAUGUGGUGGUGGCGCCCACCGGCUUGAGAAUGGACGAUAUCAUGCGGGACUCUGCUGAACUCGCAUGGCUGCCCAGUAAUAGUAAUUACGCCCAUGUUGUGUAUUUAGAUGGCGUGGAACAUGCUGUGGUGAAGCCUUGCUCUUAUAAACUACGUUUUGUGAACCUGAAGCCCGCCACGGUAUACAAAGUAAAGGUGGUAGCCAAACCCCACCAGGUGCCCUGGCACAUGCCACUGGAACAGAGGGAGAAGAGAGAGGCUGGGGUGGAGUUUUGUACCCAGGCUGCAGUUAUCUCCUGUCCCCCAGGGCCCCCUAUGCCUCCUCAGGAAGUACAGGUUCAGUGUGGUCACGCCCCAGGGGUCAUCCAUGUCCACUGGAGACCCCCUCUUCUGACAUCUAUGGGAACCUCCAAUGGUGCCAAUGUCAUUGGCUAUGCAGUGUGCACAAAGGGUCAGAGGAUUGCUGAGGUGUUGUAUCCAUUGGCAGACUACGUGUCAGUAGAGCUGAACCAGCUCCAGUGUUUGGAGGCCCGUGAGGUUGUUGUCAGGACUUUAUCAGCACAAGGAGAAUCUCACGAUUCCCACGUCGCCGUCAUUCCAAAUCACCUGCUGGUGCCUCUUGCCAAAACUCUCCCUCUUCCUUCACACAUCCAGACCACUCUCCCACCCCAGCAGUCUCGAACUUUGCCUUCUCAUCCCACAGCCCUGUCCCGAAUCCAGCCCCUCCUCUCUCAUCCUGGAGUCCAUCCACCUAUUCAUCUCCAGCCACUUCCUAUUCAUCCAAACCAGCCCCCAUCUCACAUGCAUCCCCACAGGAUGCCCCAUUCCACACAGCCCUCCCCACCCCAACUCCAGUCCCUCCCGAUGCCACAGCCCCAACCCGCCCUCCCGAUGCCACAACCCCAACCCGCCCUCCCAAUGCCUCAGCAACAACUCGCCCUUCCGAUGCCUCCUCCCCAGUCAUCCAUGCCCAUGCACCAACCCCAGCAGCCUAUGCCGAUGCUUCAACCCCAACCAACCAUUCCUAUGCCCCAGCCUCAUAUUCCACAGCUUUCCCUUCCCCAACCACAAAGACCACAAAGUGCCAGAGAGCUGGAAACCAAAGAGCCCAGGCCCGGAAUGCUUCAUCAUGGAGGGGGCCCACUUCAGCCAUGGGAGCCCGGCUGCUCCCCAUCAGGCAUGCCCCCAGGACACAACCUGGAUGCCCCGCCCUGCCCGAACCGUCGGUCUCCUUCACCUCAAAGGAUCCUCCCCCAGCCCAGGGGUACACUCAUUCCUGAUACCGUGGCCAAGGCUAUUGCCAGAGAGGCGGCCCAGAGAGUGGCCGCAGAGAGUGGACGGAUGGAGAGGAGAAGCCAGGGAUUUUACUCUCAAAAUUCAGAUGAGGAAGAGGAUGAGGAAAGCUAUCAAGCCCGCAGAAGAGGAGCAUCUAUGGAUGACUUCCUCAGGGGCUCAGAGCUGGGCAGGCAGUCUCAUUACAGUCACAGCGAAGAGUACCAAACUGAAAGCAGUCGAGGCUCGGAUCUUUCCGACAUCAUGGAGGAAGAUGAAGAAGAGUUGUAUUCAGAAAUGCACGAGGAAAGCAGGCGAAGAAACUCCCAUAAUAUGCUCAAGUGCGUGUGUGUUCCCUGGGUACUAAAUGUGUUUCAGACCGGAGGAAACAGUCCAUCUUCAAACCAGCUGGAUCGGGAAUCAUAUAGGAAGCAGGCUCACAGAGGCCCUCAACCUCAGCGUCGACCCCUCACCGUCCCAUCCAUUGAUGGUAAUAGGGACCGAACCCGGCGCUCUCCUCCAUACUACGAUGAAUCUGAGCAAGAGGAACCGUUUCGAGUCUUCGUAGCGCUGUUUGAUUAUGAUCCUCUGUCCAUGUCUCCCAACCCCGAUGCAGCUGAUGAAGAACUGCCUUUUAAAGAGGGACAGAUAAUCAAGGUGUAUGGGGAUAAGGACAACGAUGGCUUUUAUCGUGGGGAGAUCCGGGGUAGGUGUGGACUUAUUCCUUGUAACAUGGUGUCGGAGAUCCGUGCUGAGGAUGAUGAGACCAUGGAGCAGCUUAUGAAACAGGGAUUUCUCCCUCUUAAUACACCUGUGGACAGAGUAGAACAAAAUAAGAGAGGUCGCCACCCUGUGGCCACAAGAAGAAUGGUAGCCCUGUACGACUACGACCCCAGAGAAAGCUCCCCGAAUGUGGAUGUUGAGGCUGAAUUGACGUUCUGUGCUGGUGACAUCGUUGCUGUUUUUGGGGAUAUAGAUGAAGACGGCUUCUAUUACGGUGAGCUCAACGGACAUCGAGGCUUGGUUCCAUCUAAUUUUCUAGAAGAAGUGCCUGAUGAUGUGGAGGUCUAUCUGACGGACUCUACAUCCCACCACGGUCAGGACGAGCCAAAUCCAGCAGCGGCUCCGCGCCCAGAGGCCAAACGGGUGCCUAUGGAGAGUACAGUACCAGCUCCAGCUCCUGGGAGACCGGCCUCACCCAUAGUGCGUCCUUUGCUUCCCGUUGGUCCAGUCCGACCGCUGAGCCCUGCUAUUGGUCCCCGAGACCUGGCAUCUAAAAAGAAAAAAGGACUGCUUUCUAAAGGGAAGAAACUCCUCAAGAAGUUCUCAAAGUAACGUACGAGUCUGACUUCAAAUUCGAAUGGCUUCAAAAGCAUAAAAAUCUCUCUCAAAAGGGAAACCGACAACCUCCAAUGGGUCUACAGUGAUUUUUUUCUCAAAAUAAAUCUAAAUGACUUUCAUUUGAACAUGCCACGUACACAAAAUAAAGCAGGAGCUUAGUAUUUUCAGAUUAAUUCAGCUGUCGGAAUGAGACAUCUAUCCAUACUGUGAUAUAGCCUAGUUAGGGGCAAAGAGAUGUUAUUAAUAUUCCAUCCAUUAUUUCCAUUACAAUUCCAUUAUAUACCAAAUCAAAGUGCUGGAUUUUAAAAAGUAAAUAUUUAUCCUAACAGAUUUUAAUGUUUGUUAUGGUGUAGCAACAACUUGGUGAUAAAAAUGUUUUACAAAAGGCACUUAAUAUAUGGCCUGAUGUUACAGUAAAACCUCCAGACCAUAACAAGUGCAUUAGUCCAACAGACAAACGGACCACAAUCAACUCUUAAUAUAUUACCAUUGAAAAGAGUUUUUAGAUGGAUGGGAAGAUGCAAAAAGUCAUAAGGUAACUGGCACAGUCUACAGUAUAUGAGCAAGUAUUUUAAAACAUUGCUGUGGCCUUCAUCUCUACUCAUGAAGUAGCCUAUGACAUCAUUUUACCCACCGAAGAUCUGAUGGAUGCACACAUCAAUCUUUGCCAAGUAUUCCCUUACAUUACAUGCAUCUUGCUUGCUCCAUGAUCCAUCAUUUCUGUGUUUAUCAUCAGAGAAUGACUCUGAAGUGCUAAAAAUAUAAAGGAAAGUUUCAGUGUUUGCCUUUCAAAUGCACAAGCGGUGCGUGUUUUUGGUGAAUGACGUAUGUGUGUGUUCCCUUUGCAUCCAUGUUUGUGCAACCCUAUGAACCGAAACGGGACAAAUGUUGUUCUAACUUGCGUGAUAAUGUGAUGUGCUGCUAAUUAAAGGUAUUUCCUGUUCCUUUUAUAAGUUAAUAAGGGUGAAGAUGUCUUCUCAAGAAGAAACGUUCAAGCAAAGAUGUCUUAAAAACUGGUUUACAUGUGCUUGGUUCAGGCUGGUCAUGAGAACAUCAUCUAUAGGCCAAUAAGACAUAUCCUUGCUGCUGUUAUCAUUGACUGGUUUUCCUGAGGAGGCUGCUUGCUUUGGUACGCACAAACUUCUAGUCCAUUUGCUGACAGGCCAGAGGACCUCGUACUAUAUAUUUUCAGCUAGCAAAAUAUAGGUUGAAUAAUAUACCCUCAGGUAAAACUGUACCUAUGAUGGCCCAGCUGUCUCAAGCUAUAAUCUAGUAGUUUACAUUAAGGGCAAAAUCUUUCACACACUAACACAAAACAUCUUGUCCUAUAACUGUAAAAGCAAGGUUGAGCCAACAUGGGGAUGGUAUCUCACAAUAAUGCGGCCAGUUGGGUUUAGAUUGCACUCUUGAAUGGUUUAAUCCAGGGUAAAUGCUGUGUGUGCUGUUUUAAGAGUUGUUUUUUUAACAAUUCAAUAAAGUAUUCUAUUUAAGCAUUUUAUUUAAUGAUGACAAAUAUAUAAAUGACAUUCAUUUGAGGUGGACGGACUUUAUUCUUGUUGAAGAAAGUCACAAGGUUGUGUUUAAAAACAGGGUUGGAAAGCUGUAAAGGAAUGUAUGAAAUGUUUAGCUGUCUGUAUAGCUUGCAUCAUUUUGCCAAAAAAUCUAAACAAAUAAAUAAAAGAGAUGACAUAUAUUUUCAUUUAACAGAAAUAUCUCUAUAAUUCUCAUUUAAAUCCUAAUUGUGAUUGGAUGUUUAUUUCUUUUGUACUUCGAUCCAUUUAUAAAUGUUUAUACAUAAUUUACAGGUUUACAGACUUUUUUUAGUGAUUUCUGAUUUAAUAUUCAACCGUGUAAGCGUCCAUCAUGGUGUCCUCAAAUAUGCUCAAGUCUGCCUAAUUACUGUGCUCGCGCUCUGUGAAUUAAAGAAAAAAAAACACGUCUUGGUCUAUAUUUACCGAAAUGGACUAUUGUGUUGAUGUGCAUGUGUAGAACUGUAUAAAAUAUACAUUUUCUAUGAAAAUAAAUGUGAUAUUUUUUAAGACUGCAGUUCGCAUUUUCAUGCCAAAUCACAGCUCUGCAUACGCCUGGAGAUGGCAGUAGUAGCCUCAAUAUUUCAAAGUGCUGCUGUCAUAAGUAAGGUGAGUCAAAUUUGUUUAAAUUACAAAUGACGAGAUGUCAUUGUCAACAUAAAGUAUGAACCGACGGCUUAAAGCAGUAUGUUUACGAUUAUAACUAUAUUGUA